AUGCCAAAAAUGUGUGAAGUGCCUUAUUGCAAGGAAAUUGGUGCACACCAAUUCCCUAAGAACGCUGAAGUAAAAAAAAUGUGGCUUAAAGCUAUAAGAAGACAAAAUUUUAAGCCUAAAAAAAAUUCGAGGUUAUGUCGUAAUCAUUUUUUAGAGACGGAUUAUCAAAAGACCAGCAUUUAUACCGGUAAUGAACAUCAGCAUCGUUACUUGAAAAAAACUGCUGUCCCAUCAGUGUUUGCAUGGACUACGAAAGGUAUUUCACAGGAAGGUCAAGCUCGAGAGGAACGAUUAUUAGCACGUAAUAUUAAAAAGGCGCUUUUUGAGCAGGCGCACACUUCGGCGCCUAUAUCCAGACCUGAAGACUUAAAUUUUGCUGAAGAAUUUUGUAAACAGGCUCUGGAUAUCGCAAGUGAACAGUGUAGUCAGGUUCUGGAUAUUGCUAGUGAACAGUGUCUAGAAGCAGAAAACCUUGAGGACUUAACUCCUGCCCACAAUUUCAAGUCCGUAGGAACACAGACAAGUGUUAUGUUAAAAAUAUUUUCUACAGAUUUAUUGUUAACUGAUAAUGAGUCACUCAUGUUUUACACAGGAUUAGAAUCAUACUCAAAAUUUCAACUAGUGCUCAACACCCUCUUGCCAAUGGCUAAUAAUCUUACAUACCGCUGGAGUCAAGUAAUUGGUGUGUCAAUUGAGGAUCAAUUAGUUAUACUACUGAUGAAGCUCAGGCGCAAUAAACCUGAUUAUGAAAUAGCUAAAAUGUUCAAUGUAAGCAAAACUGAGGUUUCAAACAUAAUAGUUACUUGGAUUCACUUUGUACAUAAAUUAUGGUCAAUGAUUGAUAUUUGGCCUCGACAGGAUUUAGUACAUUACUACAUGCCUCAAAUAUUUAAAGAUGAAAGUAGCAAAACGAGGAUUAUUAUUGAUGCAACAGAAGUGCCUAUUGCUAAACCUAGCAAUCCUAUAUCCCAGAGAGCCACUUACAGCAGUUAUAAAAAUACCAACACUAUAAAGUUUUUGGUUGGCUCUACACCAGGCGGUCUCCUGUCUUAUUGUUCUGAAGGUUAUGGGGGAGCAACCAGUGACCGGCAAAUGAUUGAACGUAGCUCAUUGUUUCAUUUGUGUGAUGAAGGAGACAGUAUAAUGGCAGAUAGAGGGUUCAAUGUGCAAGACUUGUUUGCUCAAAAAAAUAUUGCAGUCAACAUACCUACUUUCUUGAGAGGUAAAUCACAGUUACCAGUGGCAGUAUUAAAAAAUGAUCAAAGACUUGCAAGUCAAAGGGUACACAUAGAAAGACUUAUAGGCCUUACAAAAACCUAUAAAAUACUGCAGACACCACUUGUCUCAUUCUAUGUUCCUUUGGCCUCAAAAAUAUUUUUCAUUUGUUUUAUGUUGUGUAAUUUUAAGGAAAAUAUUGUAAAUAAAAAGACAAAGAAGUAG